AUGACAAGCUCAUCUUCAAGUUGGGAUAGCGACGAAGACUUUUCUGACGAAGAUUUAGAUAUCGGCGAAGGUGAUGGAGUUGCCGCUGUCUCACAAAGUUCUCCAUCUCAAAAGCCGGUUGAGCAAAGCCUCUCAAAAACUCCAAUUCAAGCUGAACCGCAAGCGUUAACUGAAGUCCAAAAAGAUCCUGAACCAAAUGCUAAGCCGAGUUCUCCAAAGCCUAUUGAAACCCCUAAAAGAAAAGAAAAGCGACUGUUUUCCACAUCAUCAUCUAGAGUUUCUUAUGACUCAGUCACAAUUCCUAUAUUAAAUAAAGAUACUUUAAACAGAGAAACUUAUGACCUCGAUAUGCUUUUUGACCCAAAAGUCCAAGGUGAAGCAUUCAAGACACUUGGAAUAAAGAAAAAAUUUGUUAAUCUAAAUAAAUUAGAAGAAGACGGCAGCACAGCGAUAAAAAAUGAAUCAGGGAAACGUCUUUUGAGUUUUCAAAAUAAAUAUAUAAACGAUAUAGAAAAAAAUCGCCAAGAUCUAGCGAAGUCUGAAAUGGAGCAAUGCACUUUUAUCCCUAAAAUCAAUCCAAAUCCUGCAAAAAACAGAUCCUAUGAUGAUUUUUAUUUAGACUCAAAAAAAUAUCUGGAUGAAAAAAUGAACAAAAUUAAGAAGGUUCAAGAAGAAAAUGAGGAGCAGUUCAAAAGGACAAGUGAGCAUUGGUUUAAUAUUUCUUGGCACGAAUCUAAGCUUCCAUGGACUCCUUCUUUUAGAAAAUCCACAUCAACUGAUGAAUUCGAAGAAAAAAGACAUGAAAAACUAUAUAAUCUCAAGCCAAAAGAAACAGUGGGCAACCAAAGCUCUUCAAAAGACAAGUCAUUUUCUUCAUCUCAAAUCAGUGAGUCAACUGAUGACUCUCAAGUUCUAUUUAAACCAACUGUAAAUAAAAGAUCAAAAGAAAUGGUUAGAGAUGAAGAAAUAAGCGAUCAUCUCUACAAUGAUGCUGUUCGAAGACUAAAUAAAAGUUUAACUAUGCCCCUGAAGCUUAAAACAAAAAUUAUAAGCGAUAACUCUGAGCAAGUUCUUAUGGACAAGCUAAAAAGAGAAUUUGAUGAAAAAUGGAAAUUGGUAGAUAUUGAUGACUCCAAUGCCGUUAAUUAUAACAGAAUGCUUGAAGUAUUUAGACUUAUGCAUUUUUUGCCUGAAAAUAAAAAUGAAGAUGAAGCUAGAUUAGUUGCAUUAUCUUUAUGGAAAACUUUGGAGAAAAGUGUUGAGAGUGUUACAAAAGAUUCGUUGUUUGUGGUAAUUAAUGCAGUUAUGAACUUUUAUCAGCCAUGAAUGGAAGAUCGUAAGAAUUUCCCUGCUAGGAUAAACUUAUCUCAAUCACAAGCACAAAAUAUUCACAUAAAAUCUGCCAUUCUUUAUAAAAACCGCAAUGAAAUUGUCAACCACAGCAAUCUAAAUCAAACUUUUAAGCAAAGUUUUGAGUAUUCGUUUAAACCUGAAAUUUCACAAAAUUCCCAAAAAUAUGCUUUGAAAGCGAAAAAUAAAAGUAAGGCAAGAGAUUCUAUUUCUCUGUCAAAUGACUUAUACCUAGAACGGCAAAAGCUUUUAGAUAAGCAAGCUGAGCUAAAACAAAAAUUUGACGCAUUAGAACUUGAAAAAUGCACUUUUAACCCAAAAGUUUUGCCUUUACCUAAAAUUUAUGAAGAAGCUCAAAAAUCUGACCAUCAAAAUUUAUAUAAAGAAUAUAAAGAAAAGGUCGCAGCUGAGCAUAUAGAUAAAAAUAUUGCUUUAUAUAAGUUCGCUCCAAUAGCCACCAUUCAUAGAGAAAAAAUUCAGAAGCCAAUUGAAGACCAAGAAAUUGAGAAAAAUAAAGCUGAAUUUACUUUCAGGCCGAAACUUUUUGAAAGAGAAGAAAAUGAUACUAUACCAGAAGAGCAGCCUGGAGUUAAAGAAGCUAUUGAAAGAAUGAAAAUUGGGAGAGAAAAUAGAGACACUGUUAAGAAGUUAAAAUCAAGAGGAUUGACAAUGACAACUUCUCAAUUAUUCAAGAGCUAUAGUAUCUCGACAAUUGAAUUUGAUAGAGAAAUGAGUCUUUAG